UGCAUUAGCACCAUCUGUGGGUCUUGUUGGCGUUGUAGGACACCUGUUUCUUGUUUUUUUUUUUCUUCACAAUUACAAUCUCUCAAUGAUAAGCUCCGUUUAGCUCAGCUCUCAGUGUUCAGAGAGGAAAGGAGGUUAUUGUUACACCAUGUCUGCCUCACAGAACUCAUGUGAAACCCAUAAGACCAGCAUUGACUGCAGCACUAAUGGAGGUAUAGCACAGGAGAACUCAGACGGUGCUGAUGAUCAGUCUUUAUCGGUUUCACGGUUACUUUUAGUUAGGAAAAAGAAAAUAGUCCUUCAUAUUGAUCUGAACAACACAAUCCUGGUUUCUGAUGCUGUUACAAAACAAGGGACUGUAGCUGCUCUUGAGUAUUUUUUGUCCACUGUGACCUGGGGACGGAUGUCAAAAGGAAAAUGGGAGUGGAUGUGUGAGUCUCCAUCUCUCCUCCCACCAUGCAAGGAUGCUGUGAGUUACUACUCUCAGUUUGGUAGAGUAGUAGGUUUCACCACUGUUGGGCCGGGCAGGCGUUUCCGGAAGGUUCUUGAGGAGCAUCUCAACCUGCUGCGGUGGCCUUCUGACCUGCCUGCACACAAGGAGCUUUCUGUAAAAGGAGAAGAUGGAAAGCUGUACCACUGGAUUCUGCCCUCUUUCUUCCAGCUCUUGCAGGAUCUGGCCUCACAAGGGAUUGAGUUUUCUAUCUUCUUCCGUACGUUCGGCACAGACCUUCCACGUCUGUUAAAGGUCGUUCGACAGGUCCUUGAGCACGGAACCCAUCCACUCUUCUCUGUACUUCCAGAGCUGAAGCUAAGCGUGGACACAACACCAGGGCAGAUCAGAUGCAACACGAAGGGUGUGAUUCUGAUUCACGGAGAUUUGCGCAUAUCCACACAGGACGGGGAACGCAAUCUGUACAGAUUCUUAAGCUCCUCACAGGGUCUGGGUGGCUUCCAGGACCAAUUCAACUGGUGGGCACAAAACACAUACUCCAUUAUGGGAGGAAAGCCAAUGUGGAUCGACCCAUUUGACUCCACAAUCCAACACAUCUUUAUAGAUGACAACAUCCGCCAAAACAACGAUGACACUAUUGUGCACCCUAAGGUAUUUCUGGAUCCUGAGAGCUCAGAGACCCGCACAGCCUCCACUUCAGAACUCUAUGACCUGUGUCUGAUUCAGACAGACCUCCUCAGGGCCAUUUCUGAACCCAGCUACUUCACCGAGCGUAUUCUGAUCUGCAUGGAGAACUAUGAGAAGAACCUUAGACAGCAACUCUGAUAAAUUGCACAUAUUUCCUUCCAGGAGAAUCAGUACUGAGUUCACCUGAAUGUUAUGCACUAAACAAAUUUGAUUUAUUAACAAUUCUGGAAGAAUCAUCUUCAUGCAUUCAUCAUACAGUCAUGCAUUAGGGCAUGUUUUCAUUAUUGAAAAGCUCUGUAUAUCUAUUGGUUAAAGGUGCUCAUAUCUGCUAAUGAUCACUGACGUGCAUUAGCACCAUCUGUGGGUCACUUUAAAAAAAACAACGUUGCUGAAAAACUGUGAACGCCUAUUCACAUUUUAAUUCCCCAAUAGUAGAAAGUCUCCAGAUGGAGAGCACCUUUUGUCCACUAACUUUAGUUUAUAACACAAACAUGGUUUCAACACAGUGCACGAGGUCAGUUGGGACAAAACAGUAGACACACACACUAGCAGCUAAAACCUGAAAUGCAGAAAUUAAAUUUGCAUUCACUGAGUAGUUUAUUUAUUUAGGAACAACAGUACAACUAUUUAUUCGUGCAGUUAUCUGUUUAGACAGUCAUGUGGCAGCAAUGUAGAAAAAUGUGCAGAGACAGACCAGCAGCUUCAGGUAAUUUUCACAUCAGUCGUCAGACAGGUGGGGAGGGAAGUGAUUGUUUUUGCCAAAUGGGUUGGUUUGAGUUUUUCAGUAACUGCUGGAAUCCUCUUUUUUUCUAUUUGGGAUUUGGUAGAAUGGGAGAUACGGAGCAUUAAAAUACACCUGAACAAUCUGCAGGAAUUUCUUGACAUAUUAGCAUAAAAAUAUAGUUCCUAAUAAAUGCUCAGGGGGUGUAUAUGAGUGUAUACCCACAGAACACAGAGACGUAAUUCUGAUAACAGGGGCAUAAGGGAAAACCUAGACAGAAUACUGCUGUGAGAGACAGCAGAAGAGAAAAUAUAGAAGCGAUAUUAGCUUGUAGAUUCAAGCACCAAAAUAAAUAAUGCAAGAUUUUAAUCAUCUUCUCUUUAGAGAAGCUUUUCCUGCCAUUAUAUUGCUCAGGGAUUAGGUUACUGGAUAUUAUUGUAGGCUUGGUACAUUAUAUUUACAUUUGAUCAUAAUGAACAUUCAUGAAUUUUUGGACUGUUUUACAGACAACAGUACAUUGGGUUUUACACAUGGCUAGAAAAUGGUACAUUGUAGUAUUUUGAGCAACUGUAUUGUUAAUUGCUUUGUUUAGAAAUACAUGUAUUUAUUUUCUUAUUUCGGUUGCUCCCUGUACAUAUGUUACCCAUUUGAAACGUUUGGGGGUAAAAUAAUGGUAAUGAAGGGUGCAUUACUUAUGCUACUGAACUUAGACAUGGCAUUAUAAUUACUUAUGUAUUUACUUAUUUUCAUUUUAUAUUGGUGAUAUAAAUGCUAUUGAAUAUUCAUUAUUUUUAAGGUUUUAGAGGUUAUUAUUGUUGUUUGCUUUUCUCCCUGUUAUUAAACUUAUCUGAAUAACUAA